UCAUGCUUUUGUUUUUGUUUGUUAUAAAAAUGAUGAUAUGGUAAUUGCUCUCCAAGCCGUCAUUGCUCUGUCUGUCUGUCUCUCUCUUUUAUUCACAACCAUUUAUUUCUGUGUCUCUCUUUCACAUAUCUUGAAACUUUUGCACAAACCUUUCCUUCUUUCCUUCUUUCGUCUAAAACCCAUCUUCCACAGGUACUUACUUAUUUCUUCCUCCAUUUUAUUCUUUUUUAUCUUCUUUGAAAAGUGGGAGGAAUUUUUUAUUAGCAGUAAAAAAGAAAAUUGGGUUGCGUGGUAAAGUGGUAAUUGAGAAGGAUUUCGUUGUUUUGAUCUCCUUGGGUGCCGAAAUUAGAGCGCUACGGCUACUUUUACCAUGGGUUCACUGUCAGUUUCAGCAAAUUCAUCGAUGGCUGCAGAGGGAGUAGUAGUAAUUUCUGGAAAGGAAGUCCAAAGACCGGUUGAAAUAUUAAGUGCAACCAAUGAUGAGUUUGAUUUUGUCACCGUUGAAAUGAAGGAAAAAAUGGACCCAACGAUCUUUGCUUCAAGUCUUAGAGAUUCAGUUUCGCAUUGGAGACAGCAGGGAAUGAAGGCUGUUUGGCUCAAAUUGCCAAUUGAUCUAGUCAAUCUUGUCCCAGCUGCCGUAGAUGAAGGUUUUUCUUACCACCAUGCUGAGCCAGAUUAUUUGAUGCUUGCAUGUUGGCUUUCCAAAACUAAACAAGUUCUUCCUUCAUAUGCCACUAACAGAGUGCACAUUGGAGCAUUUGUUAUGAACGAUAAAAGAGAGGUGUUAGUAGUCAAAGAAAGUAGAGGAAUGUUCAAAAGGAUGGAUCUGUGGAAGUUCCCUACUGGUUUUGCUGAAGACGGUGAAGACAUUUCCGAAGCUGCAAAGAGAGAAGUCAAAGAAGAGACAGGAAUUGACUCAGAAUUUGUGGAAAUACUAGCAUUCGGGCAUAGGCACAAGCAAUUCCAUGGAAAGUCUAAUUUAUUCUUUGUCUGCAUGUUGCGACCCCUCUCUUUUGAUAUCCAGAUGGAGGAAUCUGCACUGAAGGAACCUGAACUAGAGGAAGCCAUGUGGAUGCCAUUAGAGGAGUUUGGAGCUCAACCAUUAGUGAAGGAACUGGAAGUCCUAAACUAUAUGUAUGCAAUAUGCAAAGCAAAGGUUGAUGAGGGAUACUCUGGAUUUUCUCGACUGCCUGUAUCAAGAUUUCUUGAUGAUGUUCGAGAGAGCUCCUUUUAUUUUAAUGCCAAGGAUAUGAAGAGUAAAUCUUUGGGAAAAGAUUUUGCAGAAUAUUUUGCAUUUGCAAAAGAUUUUCCAAAAGGUGUUGUAAAAUUUGGUGCAAAAGAUUUUGCAAAAUCUUUAGCAAAAUCUUUUUUAAAAUCCUUCCCCGUUGCUUCAACUUUCCCUUGUAGUGUCUCUCUUUCCAUCCUUGCAAUAUUCUUGUAUUGUAAUUGGUAUCAGAGCCUAUAAGACACUUAUGCUUUAUAAGUCAUCUCAUGUGUUGAGAUUUUUUAUAUUAUUGUGAUAAUUUUAUUAUCUUAUCAAUAAAAUGAAGAAUGAAGUAUGUUUCAA